AUGCCCUUAAUGUUCCGAGACCAAGAAGAUACAAUGUUCAAGAGAUUGUUUCAGCAAUGGAGCUUUGCGGUGUUUCUAUUGAGUUACUCUGUUCCCUCUUGUGGGAGAUCAGUGGAGGGGCUCAGCCGCCGACUCAAAAGAGCUGUAUCAGAGCACCAGUUCCUCCAUGACAAAGGGAAAGUUAUUCAAGAUUUACGACGAAGAAUGUUUCUUCAAAAUCUGAUUGAAGGUAUUAACACAGCUGAAAUCCGAGCUACUUUGGAGGUUUCUCCCAAUCCCAAGCCUGCUACCAAUACGAAGAACUACCCUGUAAGAUUUGGAAGUGAAGAUGAGGGCAGGUACCUAACUCAGGAGACCAACAAGGCACAGACAUACAAAGAACAGCCUCUGAGGACAUCCAACAAGAAAAAGAAAAGCAAGCCUGGAAAACGCAAGGAACAGGAAAAGAAAAAACGGAGAACUCGAUCAACUUGGUUAAACUCUGGAGUAGCUGGUAGUGGGGUUGAAGGGGUUCACCUAUCAGACAUCUCUGGGACUACGCUGGAUCUCAACUUAUGGAGGCAUUGAAAUUUUCAGCUGAGGACUUCAGAAAACAUAUUGCAGUAUUCUGUAAUAGUGAACAUAUGGAAAGUAUUAGAAAUAUUUAUUGUCUGUAAAUAUUGUAAAUGCAUUGGAAUAAAACAG